CCCACGCUUCUAAUCCUAUCAAACAGCUGUACAUGACAGGUAUCCUUAGACAACAAAGAAAUUGAAUGCUUAUUUUGAAACAAGCGUAACUAAAGCAAACCACUGCCGUCUUUUGCUCAUCAGAAGUCAUCUUGUAAAGAUGGAAUGCUAAUUUGCCUCUAAAUUCGUGCAGGAAUUUCGAAUGAUUGAGGAAAGAAGGAAAAAAAAAAAAAAAAAAUGGGAGGGUAAUGUUAGAAAGGAAAAAGAAAUAAAUAAUAAUCAUUUGCUGGUGACGUAUUUCCGGUUCCGAAAGUUUCAGCCGGUGCCAGGCAAACUGGCAAUUUCAUUCACAGUGUACGGAUCGGAACGUCUUCGGUGCGAGCGAAAAAGUGUCUGCUUGUGUCCUUAAUUUGAAUGCCCCGUUGCUCAGUGUGUAUUGUGUAUGUGUAUUAUUUGUGUUAGGAUACUAUCUUUGAGAUAGUUCCACUAUAUCAUAUUGAGCGGCACAUAUUGGAUUUUAUACUUUGGAUUCGGAAUGAAGUGCUUCGGUUGAAGAAGCGAAAAGCCAGAAAUGAUUUAUCUAGACUGUGUAACUGAUGAUACAUCAUUUUUGAAUAAUUGUGAGCCAGUGCUGCAUAGUUGAUGAUACGUACUUCUAAAGGGAAACUGAAAAAGUGUAGAAUGUUGAAAGAAAAUUAGACCAGCAUUUAAGAUUGAAGUUACUCCGAUGAUUUCUUGAGAAAGGUUUUUCUCCUCGUAAGAGUAACCAUAUGUGAAUUAUAAAAAAGGCCAUUUUGUCUAAGGGUUUUAGGAAAGAAUUGUGUGGUUUCUUUUGACCUACGGAGCCUAGUGUCCGAAUCCGUGCACAAAAUGAUAAAAGGAGCAGUUUUGAUGUGUUGUUCUUUCUGUUGCAAGUCUAAGACUAUGAGCCGGUGGUGAGCCCAAGCACCCCGGGACUACUGGGACCAUGCCUCGUCCCAAGAGGAGUACACGUUCUGUGGCGACACCACCACAACAACCAGAUCUCAGAGAAAGCCCCAGUUCUAUCAUCCAGGAUACAGCCGAGAAUUAUGAGGAAGUGUCUCUUAUAGGCACGGGCGCCUAUGGAACUGUGUACAAGGCAAAGGACCUUGCCAAUGAGGGACAGUUUGUGGCUCUAAAAAAAAUUAGGGUACCCCUCACAGAAGACGGAAUUCCUCUAGGGACACUCAGGGAAAUAGCUCUGCUCAAACACAUCGAGGCUUUCGAGCAUCCAAAUGUAGUGAGGUUGCUUGAUAUCUGUCAAGGACCACGUUUAGCUGAAGAGCAGCAGCUGAUUUUAUAUCUUGUAUUCGAACAUAUUGAUCAAGAUUUGGCCACGUAUCUAGACAAAUGUCCGAAACCUGGGCUGCCACCUGAAAAAAUCCAGGAAAUUUUAUAUCAAUUGCUCAGUGGUGUGGAUUUUUUACACUGCAAUCGUAUUGUACAUAGAGAUUUAAAACCACAGAAUAUACUCAUCACAAAUAAUGGUCAGGUAAAAGUUGCUGAUUUUGGUUUAGCAAGGAUAUUUGAGCAGCAAGUACCCGUAACAUCUGUGGUAGUUACACUUUGGUACCGUUCUCCUGAAGUCCUUCUUCAGUCAAGUUAUGCCACUACUGUUGACCUCUGGAGUUGUGGUUGUAUAUUUGCAGAAUUGUACAGGAGAAAACCUUUAUUUCGUGGAAUGUCAGAGGUUGACCAGCUACGGAAGAUAUUUGAAAUAAUGGGUUCACCAGCAGAAGAAGAGUGGCCUGAUGUACCAUUACCUUGGAUUUCCUUUAAAAACUACAAAAAGAAAUCUUUAGAAUCUGUAGUGCCAGAAAUUAGUAAAGAAGGAAUAGACCUUUUACAAAAAAUGCUCACCUUUGAUCCUUUGAAACGUAUAAGUGCCAAGGACGCUAUGAAUCAUGAUUUCUUCAGUGAUUUUGAACUGCAGUCGCCAACUUAUGAGGCCAAAAAAGCUACAAAAUCUGCAGUUUCUGUUGGCACAGAACCCGGUACUAGUGCACAAUCAAAAUGACCUUCAGCAUAUUUAGGUACAAAUUUAGACUAUAUGUGAGUUUCAUAAAAAUAUUUCAUGAAAAGUAUUGAAAUUGCAAAUAGCAUCAACUGUUGUAUAAGUGCAAGGAGAUUUCCCAAUUAUUUGUGGUACAUUUCAUGACCAGUUAAUUAAAUUUGAAAUUCACAAGAAUUUUUUGCAAUAGGAUGUUCAGUCACAUGUAUAGAAAAUAUUUUUUAAGUUUUAAAUUUUAAGAAUAAGAUUUACAUUCCUUAUGCUUAAGAAAUUUAUCAUCUUCAUAUAUGCUCUGAUAGUUUUAUAAAUACUUUUAUUAGAUUUUAUAAUAUAUAUAUAUGUUUUGUGAACUUUUUAUGUGAAUAGCAGGGAUUUUAUAGGGACCAUAAAAUAUAAUAUCUUAUUUUUGCUCAUUCAUCAUAAAUAACAUCGCAUAUAUUGCCAAACAUUUGUAAUUUUACAUAAAUUCAGAAUUACUCUGAAUCAUAAGAUAAUUCACCCAUAACGUGUACAAAUAUAGUACCUGUUGAAAAAGAGUAACUUAGGGAUUCUGUGAUCUCACUCAUUGUAUCAAUUUCCUGCCAGCGGGAAUCAAAAAGCAUUUUGAAUUAUAGAUUUUAGCCAUCAUAGGUUUUAAUUCCAUUUUUAUGGGGGGAGGGGGAGCAAUUAGAAAUAAUUAAAUUCAUUUUUAAGUCAUUAAUUUUAUAGAAAAUGAAAUUCCUCACUUUUAAAUUCAAGUUAUGACUGUGCACUAGGCACAUUGUUCUAAUUAAUCUAAAAGCAGUAAGCUGGUCUUAAAAUUAAAAUUUUAGCUUUUAAAUUGCUUCAAGUUAACACUGUGCACUAGGCACAGUAUUCCCUUUAAUCGUGAAAGCAUUACUGGAAGCCGUCCUUUCAAUCAAGAGCAUUAUUGUUGUUCAUUAUUAAUCUGUGGUAUGAAUAUACUCUAGCCUAAUAUAAUAUAUUUACAGAAUUUUUAGUCUUUAAAAUCAUUAUGAAAAUUUAUAGUUAAAAGGAAAAUAUAUAUAUAUCAAAGAAAAUCUGUUUAAGUUAGCAAAAUAGGAGAAAACAUGAGUUGUAUUUUAAUUUGCAUGAGAAAUAAAUGAGGGAAAAGGCAAUUAAAAUAGUAACUGAAGUAUACAAUGUAUUUUUAAUCUUCAUUUUAUAGUUAUAAAGAAAUUAAUUGAAACAAUAAUUCAUUAUGAUGAAAAUUUAGGAGGCAUAUACAACUUAAAUGUUUGCAAAAUCAGUGAAUCAUUUAUGAAUGGCUUUUUAAACAGACUGAUGUAAAAUUAUUUUAGCAUUAUUAUAUUUAUUUUAUUAAUAUUUUCAAUGCAAAAAAGGCCUAAAUUUAUCUUUUAUGUGGUUUAUUGUGUAGAUACUGAAAUUACAUGGAUAGCAAAAUAUUUCGAUUUCAGCAUAGAAUGGAAUUUCAUUUCUAAAAUUAUUCUUUUAUUGCUGUAAUUUCAUUGCUCUAAAACUAUUCUUUCAUUGCUUGUAUGUAAAAAAUGACUAAUAAGAAUAAAAGUAUAUGAAUGAAACUGUUCACAAACAUGAAUUUACUGACUACUAUAAUUAAUUACAUAAAAAAGCAGUUCUUUGAAAUGCUAAUGAAAAAUUUUCUCUGAAAGGGUAUGCAGAAAUUUAACUGUGUUUACAUUUUAAAUUUAAUGUCUUAUCUAAACUCUUAACAAUUUUAAAAACAAAUAAUAAUGCAGGGAUAUCUAGAGGUUUUCAUUUGAGAAAGAUUUCUUCUUAUGAAAGUACACAAUAUUUAUCAUGAUGAAUUUUACACCCAAAAAUAACUUAAGAUAAGCUAUAUUGCAAAUGUGAUGCAAAACUGUGAAUAGCUUAGCUUUGCUUCUUGUGGGCCGCAUUUCUGCAUUAUGAUAUCAGUUCGCCCAUUUUAAGUUUCAGCAGACAGAGAGAACAGGUAACACACAAACAUUACAACUUUAUACUUCAUAAUUACAUGCAAUUAAUAGAACAGUUCUCCUCAGUGAACUAAUGUUCAGUUGUAUUGGGCUCCUGUAUUUUAAGUUUUCCAAAUUAUUGGUACUAAGCCAUAUAUUUUGAUAUAUUAUAAUGUAAUAUUAAUUAAUUAAAUAAGUAAUUAAUAAGUUUUUUUAAGUUUUAAAGUAAUUAAAAGUUAAACAAAAGAGGAGAUACUUCUAUAGUACAUUUCUGAUGAUGGUUUUAGGUCUUUCCGUGUGUUCUUCUGAGUUGACAGCAUAGUUUAGUACUGGAAUUGUUGGGUUGUUUGCUUUGGUUAUAUCAGUGUAGAAUUUUUCUGAAAGUAUUAUCAUGAUUUCUACUAUUAGUGGUAUUCUGCAUUCGUUAUGGAUAGCUGAUAUACCAAAGACAAAGAUGUACUAGGAUUUCCAAUAUAAAAAGGAUAGUUUGCCAGUUGUUAGUGUAAUGUUCUGAAGUUGUUGUAAUUUUAACAGUGUACUUUUACAGACAUAACCCUAGACUGGGCAUGCAUAUAUAAGUAUGAGACACAACAUGGUCUUAUAAAUGAGUGAUAUUUCAUCUAUAGCUAAAACGCUGUUUCGAGCAAUUAGGGGGUUGAAUGUAGUUACUAGCUCGAAACUUUGUAAUUGUGUAUUUAGUGUGGGACUUCCAUGUUAAAUGAUGGCCUAAUAUUACACCUAAGUCUUUGACUUCUUUGGUUCAAGAAAUAGGAAGGCUGUAAAAAGUACCAUUUCCUUCAACAUUCAGUUUCUUGAUUAACAUUACUGCUAUAGUUUUCUCGAAGUUGAUUUUAAUUUUCCACUUGUUGAGCCAGAACUCAAGUGUGUAGAUGUGUAUUUGUAGCUGUUAUAUAGCUGAGUUAAUAGAUGCAUUUUGGAUGAGGAUUGCAGUAUCAUAUGCUUACAUAGCGAGUGUUGUGUUGUGCAUGUGUGAGAUAUCGUUCAUGUAAAUGUUAAAGAGUGAAGGCACCAAAAGCAAACCCUGAGGUAUACUGGCACAGAUUUUUUGCUUAAUGGAAUAUGUAUUUUUUAAAUACAGAAUACAGGAAUAGAUUGCUGUUAUGAUGUGUUCUGGGAACUCCACAGUGAUUAGCAUGUAAAUAAGUUCAUUGAACCAAACACAAUCAAAGGCCUUAGCUAUAUCUAGGAAAAUAGUGGCUGUGCUGAGCUUUUUUGGAAAUUCAGAUAAUAUUGAUUCAGUUACUCAGUAAAGCUGAUGCACAGUGGAGUAAUAUUUUCUGAAUCCAUAUUGUUGGGGAAUUAGAAGUCCAUAAUUUUCAGUACAGAUUGAUGGCUUUGAGUAUUACAGAUUCGGUGAUUUCACUGCAAACUUUCAGGAGACUAUUAGCUGGUACGAUUCUGGUUAGUAGCUGCUUUUCCAGGCUUCGGGAUUGGUGAGAUAACCGCUAUUUUCCACUGGAAUGGGAAAUAUCUGAGUUCCACAAUGUAUUGAGUUAUUCUAAUUAAUUUGCAAGUCAUCAUUAGUUCCAUUUUCUUCACCAUCUUAUUUGUAAUUUUAUUUAGAACAGUUUUAGAAACAAGACCGAUUUUAAUAGUGAAAAUAUUAAUUCUCAUAAAUUUUCAAGUUAUAACUUUAGUAAUUUUCUAUUUGUCACUUAUUGUAAAUAGAAAUAUUUCUGUAAAAUCUAUCUUUGCUACUUUUAAAACUACUUUACUAAUCUUUUUUAAUAUAUCUGUAUUACUUUUUAUUAAGUGGUGAAAAUAGAUUUUAGAUAGAAAUAUACAUAAUGUCUGUAUAUAAAAGUUUCUUAUUGUGCCAGAUACGGGAAAUUAUGAAAAUACAACCAUUUCUUCGAACAGUUCAAUACUGAACUGCACUAAUUUUAUAUAAAAAUCUUAGUUGAAAAUCUUUAGAAUUAAAUGCAGCAAUAUUUUGCAGAAAAUGUGAAGAUUUCAUAGAUAUAAAUACACCACAAACCUAUAACAAUUUAACUUAAAUCUUUGGAAUUCAAUAAAGUGGCAUCUGGCAGUAGAUAUUAGAAGCCCAUAGAUGUAAAUGAACCACAUUAAUUACUGAAAUUGCAAUAUUUAGGUGACAGGUUAAUUAUGUUGGUUCAUCAUACUGUACAAAUGAGAAAUAAGUAACUAUAUCAAAGGUAUUUCUUCAGAUCAUACAUUUGAUUUAAUUUCAAAAUCAAGUUUGGCACUAUCAAACAUUGCAAAAUGUCUUAUACAUAGCUCUAAUUGCAACCUAAAAAUCAGAUUCAGCACAAUCAAAAGGCAAGUAAUGAUCCUUAGAUAUAUGAAAUUGUGAAUCAGGAGGUAUGAAUUAGGGUGAAUUAUUCUUUCUCUCUCUGUCUAGCUGAGAUGAUAUCACAAAGUAGAAGCGAGAUCCAUGGGAAGCAAAGCUCAUAAACACAAUGAUAUACACCACAGCUGACUGCAUCUGAACUUGUUAAAUCUCAUUAACUUUCUCCCCACCACUGUUUGCGUUUUUUCUGACUUCAUGUAAUAUUGCACAAUUUGAAAUUAACGAAAAUAUAUUGAAUCACUUUUAUGCAUUUUCGUGAUUCCUGUACAUAAUAUUAAAACUAGAAAUUUGAAAAGUGUAGUCAACCCUGUUUGAGGAAACUUUAUAAAAUUGUGAUAUCAAACACAAUAUGAUGUAUUUAAUCAAAUUUGGAGGGGGAAGGGGUUGGGAAGAGAGAGGAAUUUUUUUUUUCCAAUGUAUAUUAAAUCUGAAAACUGUAUAUUAUAAAAAAGACAUAUUUUCAAUGCAAUAGAGCAGUUAUAGAAGAAAAUUUUAACAAUGAACACAUUAAAUUAAUUCUCAUAAAUUUUCAAGUUGUGACUGUUAUUUCUAUUUUUCACUUAUUAUGAAUGGGAAGCUGUCUGUAAAAUAUGUUUGUUCCACUUUUUAUUAAAUGUCAUAUUCGAGUAAUGUUUUUAAAUUUAUGUUUCACAUAGUACACAUUUAUGAGAAUAAAGUUAGAAUGGAAACUGAAGUAAAUGCUAUAUUUAUUAUAGCAUACAUGUUGCAAAUUUUCACAUGCAGUUGAUAUAAUUGUUUGCUGUUUUCUGGGUAUGAUUUCAUCAAGUUCUAGCAUAGGGCCUAUUUAAGCUAGUCUGGGGUUUUAGGAAUGUCUGCACUCAAUGCCUACACUUUUAAGAGAAAAAUAUAAUUAUAAGAAAGUGUAAGAAGAUUUAGGGAAGAUUUGGGACUUAAGGCUCAAGCAUUGUGAGCCUAGGUGGUAAGCAGGCUUUGUUCUGAAAUAGUAGUUAAAAUUUAAACAGUUACUCAACAUAAACUAAAAAUGUUAGAAAAAUAAAGCUUUUAUUAUUUAUAAUUUUAUAUCUUAAAAUGAUUUUUAAGAAU